GGCGGCGAAAUUUUUCGCGAGAACCCCGAACUGGGAUGUUUUUUUCGAUUUUUUGCUAGGGCUCUCAAAAUUUCUCUUCCUCUUUGCAAACGCAACUCCCGACUCUUUAUUUAAUUGCACCAUGCCUGCUCCCGUUUCUUCUGGAAUCUCGCGCACCAUUUACAACACCAUUUUCAAGCGAAACUCGGUCUUCAUCACCUCCAUUUUCGCUGGUGCCAUUGCAUUCAACAUGGGUUUCGAUACCGUCACUGACAAGGUCUGGGACAACAUGAACCAGGGUAAACAAUGGAAGGACAUCAAGCAUAAGUACGAACAGUAAACAAAAAACCGAGUCACAUUAUCUUGUCCACCACCAUUCCCCAGGAGUCAUAUACAAAUAUUUUUUUAAGAUUAGAAAAAACAGCCCUAUUGAAGCCAUGUCGGCUAACGUUAUAUAAAAUCACGGGUUAAAAAUAAUAACGCACAUACGAAAAAAUUUCUUUGGGUUGUUCCCACUAAGAGGAUUUAAGUGAACAGGCGGUGUAGCUAGGAAUUUUUUUUUUUUUUUUUCUGGUGCCAACAAAAAAAAAAA